GCAUGCAGAUGCACACACAUGAAAGAAAUCUGAAUGACAACGGUGAAUCAUGUAAAGGGAAUGCAUGCAGCUGCACACAUAUGAAAGAAAUCUGAAUGACAAUGGUGAAUCAUGUAAAGGGGAAUGCAUGCAGCUGCACACACAUGAAAGAAAUCUGAUUGACAAAGGUGAAUCAUUUAACGGGGAAUGCAAGCCCAUGCAGCUGCAUACACAUGAAAGAAAUCUGAAUGACAACGGUGAAUCAUGUAAAAGGGAAUGCAUGCAGCUGCACACACAUGAAAGAAAUCUGAAUGACAAUGGUGAAUCAUGUAAAGGGGAAUGCAUGCAGAUGCACACAUAUGAAAGAAAUCUGAAUGACAAUGGUGAAUCAUUUAACGGGGAAUGCAAGCGCAUGCAGCUGCACACACAUGAAAGAAAUCUGAAUGACAAUGGUGAAUCAUUUAACGGGGAAUGCAAGCGCAUGCAGCUGCACACACAUGAAAGAAAUCUGAAUGACAACGGUGAAUCAUGUAAAAGGGAAUGCAUGCAGAUGCACACACAUGAAAGAAAUCUGAUUGACAACGGUGAAUCAUUUAACGGGGAAUGCAUGCAGCUGCACACACAUGAAAGAAAUCUGAAUGACAACGGUGAAUCAUGUAAAGGGGAAUGCAUGCAGCUGCACACACAUGAAAGAAAUCUGAAUGACAACGGUGAUUCAUGUAAAGGGGAAUGCAUGCAGCUGCACACACAUGAAAGAAAUCUGAAUGACAACGGUGAAUCAUUUAACGGGGAAUGCAAGCGCAUGCAGCUGCACACACAUGAAAGAAAUCUGAAUGACAAUGGUGAAUCAUUUAACGGGGAAUGCAAGCGCAUGCAGCUGCACACACAUGAAAGAAAUCUGAAUGACAACGGUGAAUCAUGUAAAAGGGAAUGCAUGCAGAUGCACACACAUGAAAGAAAUCUGAUUGACAAAGGUGUAUCAUUUAACGGGGAAUGCAUGCAGCUGCAUACACAUGAAAGAAAUCUGAAUGACAACGGUGAAUCAUGUAAAAGGGAAUGCAUGCAGCUGCACACGCAUACCGCCAGUGAUUCUGAAUUUAGCAAAUGUAUUUACAUUAUUUAUAAAGAACGCGGUAAUUAUGAAGUUGUGAUCUGUAACCGCACUUGCUGUUUCGUCAGUGGACCUGUUAGAUACAUCACUUCACAAUAUUGGAGCGUCAUUAAUCAUACCUACAUAUGUAUUAAUGUGUUAAGGCUAAUCGAAGAGUUGAAUGUAGAGGUGGAUUUAACACAUGCGAACUAAGCUGGUAUUGAGAAAAUUAAAUUCAGGUAUAACUAUGGAAAAGCAUAAACGCCAAGU